UUGUUUAUUAGGCUUAAGGAAAUAUGCAAAUGGGUUUUAAACCCUAGGCCCAUUUCGAAGCAAAGCCUUAAUUUUUUUCUAGAGUUGAAGCAACGCCUUAUAUUGGGCGUUAGGGUUUCUGCAACUCCAGAAAAUAACAUCACUGCGCGGCGCUAGCUCACCAUCAUUCUGCAGCCAUGGUUCUCAAGACGGAGCUUUGCCGUUUUAGCGGUGCCAAGAUCUAUCCUGGAAGGGGCAUCAGGUUUAUCCGCUCCGACUCUCAGGUUUUUCUGUUUGUUAACUCAAAAUGCAAGAGGUACUUCCACAAUCGCCUCAGGCCUGCGAAGCUCACAUGGACUGCUAUGUACCGUAAACAACAUAAGAAGGAUGUCGCUGCUGAAGCUGUCAAGAAGAGGCGUCGCACCAACAAGAAGCCCUACUCGAGGUCCAUUGUUGGUGCCACCUUAGAAGUCAUUCAGAAGAAACGAGCCGAGAAGCCAGAGGUCCGUGAUGCUGCCCGUGAAGCUGCUCUACGUGAAAUCAAGGAGAGAAUCAAGAAAUCUAAAGACGAGAAGAAGGCGAAGAAGGCAGAAGUCAUGUCCAAGCAAAAGACUUCCGGCAAGACCAACGUACCCAAGGGAGCAGCACCCAAGGGUCCCAAGAUCGGAGGAGGCGGCGGCAAGCGCUGAAAUUUCCAUCGUUGCUUCUAUAUAUUCAAUUGCUUUUUGUUUGCUGAUUUUGGUUUGCAGCUCAAAUUAUUCUCACUUGUAAGGCUAUUAGACUCUUUUCAUUAGUAAAAAUAGCGUUCGUUUUCUCAA